CCCUCCUGCUCCAAAUUCUGCUAACCAACAGCGUGGAUAUCAGCAACAGCAAUAUCCUCCUCCUGUUCAGCAGCAAACAUACCCAGGUGCUGCUGUGGGUGCUCCGCCACCUCUUCCCAACAAUAAACCUCAGCAUGGUGGCAUAUCAUCCGGCAUGAAAAUGGCCGGUGCUGCUGCUGCUGGUAUGGUAGGGGGUUUGGCUCUAGGGAGCUUCAUUAAUCACGAGGAACAGCAAAAUGAUAGAAUUGAACGUCUUGAAGAGGAAAAUCGAGAACUUCAGCGUGAGCAAAACUACUAUAAUAGUGCACCUACUCCUGCACCAGCACCACCUAUGGACUAUAACAAUGUCAGUGGUGGUGGAUAUGGUAGUUAUGCACCUCCACCUAACGAUGGGCCGGACACUCAAACAACCAUUAUCCGAGAAGACGGUGGAUGGUUUGGUGCAGAUAAGGAAACAGUAAUUACUACAGAUCAAUACGGAGAUACUACCAUCAUUGAAAGGAAGGAUGGCUGGUUUGAUGAUGAUGUGAAAGUUACUAACAUUGAUGCUGAUGGAACAACUACUUACGAGGAGUACGAUCAAGAUAAUAGUGGCUUUUUUGACUAGUAGUUACUAGCAGCAAUAGGUAUCUGUAAUUCCAUUGUAAAAGUAUACACCACGCUGUUUUAUAUCCCUUCCAAGAUCAUUCAAGAACCCAAAGAUAUUUAUUGAUGUUUGGAAAGCUUUUGUAAUUAAACGCCCAUCAAUAAACUCAGAAUCUUCUAGAUAAGUAAAUCGUGCAACAUGAAAGAAUUAAAUCACGUUCCUUAUGCUUUCAGCACGGCGCAUUAUUUUUGUGUAAAGCCUCAAUGGAGUACAAGCAAGUUGGCACGUUUCUAUUCAUAUAAAGUUUGAAUGC